CACGUACUUAUACAAACAAAUAAGUUCUUCUUCUUCUUCUUCCGUAUAGAUGCUGGGCCAAGAAAUGAUAUUGUCACAUCGUGGUGACUAUAUACACAAGUGAGGGAGGGUCCCAAGUGCCAAAUUAAAAGCAGAAAACGUGUUUUCUAUUGUGGAGGAUAAGACAGCCAUUGUUGACCAGAAAAUGUCGAGCACUCAAUCCUCAGCCAAACUGGCUUGCUAAAAUUAUGAAAUUUGAAAAUUAGUUAUUAAUCCGCAGAAAACAUUUCUUUCUGGAAAAAAGAAUUUUAGCCGAUCCGCUGAAAAUAACACGAGAACAACAACAACAACAUCAAGCGAAAAAUAAACAUAAUUUCUUAAUUUAGAAUGAUCCACAAUUAGACAGGGGAGUGUCAUUUUCUAGUGUCUGAAUUCGACAAUGGCAGAAAAUAAGAAGAAGGAUGAAGCUCUGCUAAAAAAUCUUGCACAUCUAAGAAGGCGUGCCUUUGACAUUAAAUUUGACCUUGACACUACAUCGUAUCAGCCAGUAGAAAACAUCGGUAUUGGAGCGUAUGGUGUUGUGUGUUCAGCGAUACACAUGAAGACAAAUGAUCGUGUAGCGAUAAAGAAGAUUCCUAAUGUAUUUGAUGCAAAAGAUAUUGCUAAGCGAACAUAUCGAGAAAUAAAAAUCUUGAAACAUUUUAAGCAUGACAACAUCAUUCACAUCAGAGAGAUUCUUAAACCAAAGGAGACCUUGAAUGACUUCAGAGAUGUAUAUGUGGUGUUUGAUUUAAUGGAAAGUGAUCUUCAUAAGAUUAUUUAUUCGAAGCAAGAACUGACAGAGGAGCAUGUGCGGUAUUUCCUGUAUCAGAUUCUGAGGGGACUUAAGUAUAUACACUCUGCACACGUUAUACAUAGAGAUCUGAAGCCCAGUAAUCUGCUUGUUAACGAAGAUUGCCAGCUGAGAAUUGGAGAUUUUGGAAUGGCUCGAGGAUUUUCAAAUUCACCUGUAGACUCAAACCCAUUCAUGACUCAGUAUGUGGCAACUAGAUGGUAUCGUGCACCUGAGAUUAUGCUGUCAUUGAUAGAGUAUGGUGCUGCUGUGGAUAUGUGGUCUGUUGGAUGUAUCUUUGCAGAAAUGCUUGGACGCAAACAUCUCUUUCCAGAUGCUGUUGAUUGCUCUGACUUUAAAGUAGCAGAAGUGCAGGAGCAGGAAAAACUAGAAGAUGCCACUUCCUGUCAUCUGGAGGAACUAAAUGACAUGCCAUGUGAUGAUACAUCAGCUGCAUUCCUCAGUGUUAAAGAAAAACCACUAAAGACCAAAAAAAAAGACAAACAAAAAAGAGAAGACUUGUGUCUACUAUUGUUAGUGGACAAGCUAUUACUAAGGAAGUUGUAAUAGAUAAAAUCAUAGAACACCAACAGGCAGUAAACCCACGCAAAAAAUCAGUACAUGUCCCCCGGCCUGGCCCAUCUAGACUGAAUCAUGCAAAACAAACCAACAAGACCGCCUCUGAGAAAAGCAAAAUCCCGUCUCCUGCUGCAUCAUUAUCAUCAGAUGAGAAUGAGAAGUGCUAUGUCUGUAACAAAUUCAGUCCUGAUGAAGUCAGGAAGACUACAUCUCUUAUAUUUGUGAAGUGGGUUAAGUGUGACCAAGUAGGUCACUGCGAACACUGGGUAUGUCUUAAGUUUUGUACAAAAAUAAAAGUUGUUAGGCGGGGUGACAAAUUCCUCUGCAAGCACUGCAGCCCAGAAGAAUGAAAAAAAAAAAAACUCAAUGUGUAAUAAAAAUAAGCAGAGUGAUUUUUUAUGUUCUUUACCACUUAUGUUCAGGAAGGUUUUAAUGUUUUCAGAUUUAUUUAUCAUUUCGCCUAAAUAUUGAUUAUCUACUUGUAUCUACUGUUGUUUCAAGUUUUAUUGCCACCUUCAGGACAGUAAUGGUGCAGCACAUCACUUACAGUGAUUGCACAAAUUCUUAAGCCAAUCAAAUUCUUUGUAACAAAUAUAAUAUUAGAUGCGUUGAAAUAGGUGUGUGAAAAAAAUAUGGCUGACCACACUAGCUGUUGUUUACUUUUGAUUUCUGACAGUCAGUUGUUCAGAAUAUGAUGUUGAUGGUAUGCUUCAAUACAUAAAAGGUAACUGCACAUGCAGUAUCAUAGAGGGUCACGUGUGUCACCAAAUUAAAAAGCACGGCAAUGUUGCCUGUUAAGUGUGU